AGUUCAGACGACACGCCAGCUCACGCACACACCCACACCCACCGCCACCGUACCAACCAGCCAUGGCAAAGUUGGCUCUCGGCCACCACCGCGAGGCCGCUGACGCCGGCUGCGUCCGCGCGGUGCUCGCCGAGAUCAUCCUCACCUUCCUCUUCGUCUUCGCCGGCGUCGGAUCAGCCAUGGCGACCGGGAAGCUGGCCGGCGGCGCUGACUCCGUCGUGGGCCUGACGGCGGUGGCGCUGGCGCACACGCUGGUGGUGGCCGUCAUGGUGUCCGCGGGGCUCCACGUCUCCGGCGGCCACAUCAACCCGGCCGUCACGCUGGGCCUCGCCGUCACGGGCCGCAUCACGCUCUUCCGCUCCGCGCUCUACACCGCCGCCCAGCUCCUCGGCUCGGCCCUCGCCUGCCUCCUCCUCGCCUUCCUCACCGGCGGCGCGCCCACGCCCGUGCACGCGCUGGCGGCGGGCGUCGGCGCGCUCCAGGGCGUGCUCAUGGAGGUGGUGCUCACCUUCUCGCUGCUCUUUGCCGUGUACGCCACCGUCGUCGACCCUCGCCGCGCCGUGGGAGGGAUGGGCCCGCUGCUGGUGGGACUGGUGGUCGGCGCCAACGUGCUUGCCGGCGGGCCCUUCUCCGGCGCGUCCAUGAACCCCGCGCGCUCCUUCGGGCCGGCGCUCGCGGCCGGGGUCUGGGCCGACCACUGGGUCUACUGGGUCGGGCCGCUGAUUGGCGGGCCGCUCGCCGGGCUGGUCUACGACGGCCUGUUCAUGGCCCAGGGAGGCCACGAGCCGCUUCCAAGUGAUGACAACGACGACUUGUAGCUAGCAUCUGCAUCAGAUUCAGAUCAGGCAUUCUGUAUUUCUGUCUGUGUAAUUCAAGCUGGAUAUGUAAAAAGAAUUUCUCAAAGGAGGGGGUAAUUAUAUUUUA